AUGGGAUCGACUGGUGAAUCAUUACAGGGUUUCCCUGCUUGGCAGAUGUUUGUCGUCUGUUUGAUCAGAUUCUCUGAACCCAUAGCAUUUACAUCGAUGUUCCCAUAUGUUUAUUUUAUGAUUCGAGAUUUUGGAAUCGUCAAGGACGAUGCGAAUAUCUCAGCGUUCACGGGUUACUUAUCCGCGUCAUUUGCAUUUUUCCAGUUCUUACUAUGUGUAUACUGGAGUAAGUUAUCUGAUAAAGUUGGAAGGAAGCCUAUUCUAUUGUUUGGCUUGGUUGGUACCGGUCUGCUGAUGUUGAUUUUUGGGUUCGCUAAGAACUUCUAUGUCGCGCUUGGAGCAAGAUCCCUUAUGGGCGCUCUUAAUGGAAAUAUUGCCGUCUUGAGAACUGUUAUUGGAGAAAUUGCUACUGAAAGAAGGCACCAAGCUUUGGCCUUUUCUACUCUUCCAUUGCUUUGGAAUUUCGGUAGCGUUUUGGGCCCAUUAGUUGGUGGGUCAAAAUAUUUAACGAGACCAAAUCGCGACAGUCGGGACAUAGGACAUGACAAGGACGACUUUUACAACAGAUUUUUGAAUAAGUAUCCCUAUGCCUUAUCUAAUGUAGUUGUAGCAUUGUUUCUUGGUUUCAGCUUUAUAAUGGGAGUUUUGUUUCUCGAAGAAACACAUUAUAAAUUUAGAAAGAGAAGGGACAUUGGUUUAGAACUAGGUGAUUGGUUGCGUAGUAAGUUAGGGUAUGAUAUUCCAGUUAGACCUUGGCAAAGGGGACGUAAGAAUAAAGUCAGUAAGAAGCGUAGUACUUACCUCAGAGCUGAUCAAGUAGACUCAACUGAAGGUUCUACUCUUGUCCCAACUUCCAUACCCACAGAAAAUGAUCCUUUGUUAACCACUUCUGCAGAUUUUGACGUAGACGAUCCAUUGUACUCAGACUUGGAUGAUGAGGAGUCGGUGGCUUCAAGAGUUGAUGAUCCAACGCAAUUAUUAGAAUCAGCUUCUAUCGACUCAGCUGAAUCAAUUGGCCCUAUGACGAGAAGAAUGUCCCUGGCAUUUAUCAGAAGAUUCUCCUCAAAUCUCAAUACUCGGCCAACGCUCUCCAGAAGUACCAGUAAUGCGUACUCUAUUUUCACCGACACCACGGAAAACGAAGGAAAUUUCAAAACCAAUACUAGUGCGUUUAACAGAGAAACUUUCACUCCUCCUGUUGUAGAAACAAUCACAGGAAACUUCUUGUUGUCAUUCCAACAACUUGUUUUUCUGGAGUUCUUACCGGUUUUGUUGGCUGGAGACUUUAUGAAAGAUAAAUUACAAUUUCCAUUUACAAUCACCGGUGGAUUUGGAUAUGAUUCAAACACCAUCGGGACAUUACUUUCCACUACUGGAUUCCUUGGAGUUUUGGUCGUUUUAUUCGUUUUCCCCAUGAUGGAUAGACACUUGAAAACUAUAGUAGGGUUCCGGGUCUCAACGUCAAUUUUCCCAUUCGUAUAUUUUGUCUUGCCAUUUUUAAUAUUUACUUUACAUGAUUACAACCCUAACAUUCCACCAUGGGUUUCCAAAGUUCUGCUUUAUCUGUUAUCUGCGGUCGCGACUUUAGCUUCCGCAACUGCAUUUCCACAAUGUGUUAUACUAAUCCAUAGAGCGUCAUUACCUCAACAUAGGGCUUUAAUCAACGGUACCACUUUAAGUUUAACUUCAUUGGCAAGAUGCAUAGCACCAUUAACGUGGGGUUGGCUCAUUUCUUUCUUCGACAGCUACUCUCUAGGUGGAUUAAGUUGGUGGUUACUUUCUGUCAUGGCGUUAUUUGGAUGCGUUCAAGCGUUUAAAAUGAAGGAAUACAACGAAGAUUUGAAAACCAUUGAAGAUAUUGAAGAAGAAUAA